UUCCUUGCCGCAGCAAGCAGUCAGUUCGUCGUCGUUUGCCUUUCGUUGUGCACAUGCCCGUUUUCGUCGCUCGUCAUUUGUAUGUCGUGUGUUCGCCGUCGCCGUUAACAAAGCGUUUUUCUCACACAUUCUUGUUUGGUAGCAGGAAAAUUGUGUACUUAACGGCAAAUAGUUGUGAAAGAAACCAACUGAAGAGUAGUAGUCGAGCGCGUUUUCAAGAAGUGUUCACCAAGGGACGAAGAGAAUAUGUUAAACGCAACAAUAAAAACAAACACAACAGUGGCAAGACAGUUAACAAAUAACUAAACUAAAUUAACAAAAAUUCAAAGCAAAAAAUAAAUAAAAAAUAACGAAGUGCAACAACAAAUUACUUAUAGUUUUAAAUUCCACCACAUAAAGUCGUCUUAAUACAUUUUUUCCUAAAUAAAAAUAUGUGCCGAUGCUUAGAGAAACAAGUGCUGCAUUAGUGUUAUUUUAAAUUUCGGAAAAAAAGAAAACAGAAACAACUCCCUUUUCGGCAGUCGCUUAUAGCGUUAAAUAGCCAAAAUUAAUUUUUCUCACCCAUCAUACGCCCAGGCUGCCAAAAUGCUUGUUGGCUCACAUCCGUAUCUGUGCAAUGGCGUACUGCCGUCUACGGUGCCCAAUGCGGCUGCUGCUGCUGCUGCUGCCGCCGCCGCUGCGGCUGCCGCGGCUGUUGCAAAUUCGAAUGGCAACAAUCCAAAUCAGACUCAAACAAUGGCGGGUAGUAAAAAUGCCGCCGGCUCUGCGACAGAUUUCUCAAUAGCUGCGAUAAUGGCCAGGGAAGAUGCCUCCAGCCGGGAGUCCUCCAUACGCAGUGCAAGUCCCAUCUCCGUGGAAGAUGAAGUGGAUGUUGAUGUGGUUGAUUGCAGCGAUUCAGAAGAACCACCACCGGCCAAGGUGCGCCGCCUACAUCACAACAAUAGUCACCAUCAUAGCCACAGCCACAGUCACAGCAAUAACAAUAACAACAACAACAACAAUAGUAAUAGUCAUAACCACAAUAAUAGCAGCUCAUCGCAGAAUCAUCUGAAUAGCAGUACAACCAGCAGCCAGGGUCGUUCCACACCUCCCCAAUCGCCCGGCACCGACACGGAGGAAUGUCUCACACCCGAGCCGCCGCAGAAGACGCCGAAAAUUGUGGGCUCCUGCAAUUGUGAUGAACUAAAGCCGGUGCAAUGUCAUUUGGAGACAAAAGAAUUGUGGGAUCGCUUUCAUGAGCUGGGCACCGAGAUGAUUAUCACCAAAACCGGCAGGCGCAUGUUCCCCACUGUACGCGUCAGCUUCUCCGGUCCAUUGCGUCAAAUACAACCUGCCGAUCGUUAUGCUGUGCUACUCGAUAUCAUACCAAUGGACUCGAAACGUUAUCGCUAUGCGUAUCAUCGUUCAGCUUGGCUAGUCGCCGGUAAGGCUGAUCCCGCACCGCCAGCUCGUCUCUAUGCGCAUCCGGAUAGUCCAUUCAGCUGUGAAGCGUUGCGCAAACAGGUUAUCUCCUUUGAGAAGGUGAAACUAACUAAUAAUGAAAUGGAUAAGAAUGGACAGAUUGUUUUGAAUUCUAUGCAUCGUUACCAGCCGCGCAUCCAUUUGGUUCGCCUCAGCCAUGGCCAAAGCAUACCCACAAAUCCCAAAGAACUGCAGGAACUCGACCAUAAGACGUACGUUUUUCCCGAGACCGUCUUCACCGCCGUCACCGCAUACCAAAAUCAGCUAAUAACCAAACUGAAAAUCGACUCGAAUCCCUUCGCCAAAGGUUUUCGCGAUUCGUCACGUCUCACCGACUUCGAUCGCGAUCCCAUGGAGGCAUUGUUGCUCGAACAGCAACUUCGCUCACCGCUACGCCUCUUCCCUGACCCGCUGAUGCAACAAUUCGCCGCGCAGCAAGGCGUCGAUCCCACCUCGAUGGCCAUUUUCGAGAAGGCGCGUCAACAUCUGCAAAUGUUUGGCGGCAAUUCGCCGUACGCACAGCUAAUGAUGCCACAAAUGUAUGCACAGCAGGCGCCACCACCACCCGGCCUCGGCGCAUUCCACAUGUUCCAGCAGCAAUGGCCACAACUGACGGCCGGAUUUUUGGCCAGCGCCAAUCAGCAAGCGGCCGCCGCACAAGCUGUCGCUGUUCAGGCGCAAGCCCAAGCACAAGCUCAAGCUCAAGCGCAGGCGGCUGCAGCAGCAGCAGCAGCAGCAGCGGCGGCGGCAGCCAAUCGUACACCACCACCUCCACCAACAGCAUCGACGCCAUCGUCAACGUCGUCGGGCGGUUCGCCGUCGCCCGAUAUGCGACCUCGGCAAUUUCAACGUUUCAGCCCCUACCAAGUGCCGCAGCAGCAGCAACAGACGUUGACGGCGCCACCGCAGACGCGUAGCCCACACAAUUAAGCGGAGGUGGUAGUGGUGAUUGUAUUGUUGUUGUGGUGUUGAUGUUAGAGCCAAAAACAGUAUUAAACGGAAAAUGAAGGUUCAAGCAGAGGGUUUUUGUAAACUAAUUGUAGAAGAGAAUUAAAUUAUUCUGUAUCUAGUAAUUUAUAAUCAAAUUUGUUUAAGUAGUUAAUUAGAAUUGAGAAAUUUAAUUUUUGUUGCUUUUUGCGCGUGAACGGCGGGGAAUGUGUUGCUAAAGCGCCAACCUUUCGCUGAAAAUUUGUGAGAAAUUUCAUGCAUUGGCGCAUUAGAAUCCACCUUCUCCGUUGAGCUUUUGUAAAUUCUGUUUUCAAAUCAUAUCAAAUUCGUGCAAAUAUUUGCUGAAAAGUAUCAGCAAGACAAUUAUGGCUGGCACACCACCGUACAGUGGGACGUGAUACCUUGUAAAUUUGAGUUGUAUUCCUUUUUAUUUGCUAAGCUUUUGUAAAUUUACGCAAAAUGUGUUGUUUGUUCAAAAACGUAUCUCAGUGUGUUUUAGAAAUGCGAGCGUUGCCUUGCUCCAUGUCGAGGCGCGUUUUGCAAGUUCUACUAGUAAUGUAUUGAAGCAAGUGCAUACAUAAAAAAUUUUAAAAUUGCUUUAGAACUGCUAAACGGUAUUGUAACUACUAAAAAUGUAAUUGUAUUAAAAAAGAAAAAAAUUAAGUAAAUUGAAAGUAGCUGCUUAUUGGAAAAAAAUUAAGAAAAUCUAAAUAUUUAUGUAUAAAACAAGCUUGUAAGUAACUUAAAACCUAAAAUCCAUACACAUUAAAGCUAAUUAUUGCGUAUUGAGAAAA